AAAUCUAUCUCUGAAUAUGUUUUUCAGUUUUAGGAACCCGCCUAAAAUAAUGAGGUUAUGGUUCGUCUUAUGAUUUCAUACUUUAUUUUCGUAAUUUAAAUUAACUGAUUAGGUUUAAAAAUGUAUUUCCAAUAAACCUUAAUACAAUUACACAAGAAUUCUGUUGAUAUAUUAGAAAAUAUUCGUGUAUAAUGAUAGGAAAAUAUAUACCACGUAUACAAUUGUGCGCCGUUGCGGCUUCAUUCAAAGUUAAGGAGUGGGGGAUAAGAAUUGAAGAAGGGAAAGGGUGUUGUUCAAGAUUUACCACAAAAUUCAGUUGUAUGUGUUCUAACACUAUCGACCGUUUAAAUUGACACGAGGGUAAUGAUAAUUAUAAUCGUUUAGCAAUUCGACAGGUUCAAUCGAUCUAAUUACUAUUUUGAUGCGUUUGCAAACGUUCGACAAUAUCAGAAUAUAGAAUCGAUCGGAAUACUUUUGUACUUGAAGAACUAUUUUUAGAUAGAGGGGCGGUCGUUGACGGCCAUGAUGGGUGUCAGCGGCAAGUAGUGACGGCAUUCAGUUUGCGUCAGUUGGUUUUGUGCGCUGAUGGUCGAGCUUGGAUUUUCUGGUUGAGAAGCGCACCAUAAGCCAAAACAGUUGUACAUAGGAACGGCAGACAGCCGCGAAUAUUAUUUCAAUUAAGUAACGGCGGCUGUAAAAAUCGUGAAAAAAACAGUGUAAAAAUGACGCAGUUACUACCCAUAAGGUUUCAAGAACAUCUCCAGCUUACAGCUGUUGGAAUUAAUGCUAACAAUGUUAGCUUUAAUACGCUUACCAUGGAAUCUGACAAGUUCAUUUGCGUUAGAGAAAAAGUUGGUGAUACUGCACAGGUGGUUAUUAUCGACAUGAAUGAUUCUGCAAAUCCUAUUAGAAGACCAAUUUCAGCAGAUUCUGCGAUCAUGAAUCCUGCAAGUAAAGUAAUUGCUUUGAAAGCAUUGAAAACCCUUCAGAUCUUCAAUAUAGAGAUGAAAUCAAAAAUGAAAGCUCACACAAUGACAGAAGAUGUAGUUUUCUGGAAAUGGAUAUCUUUAAACACAUUGGCAUUGGUAACGGAGACUGCAGUUUAUCACUGGUCUAUGGAAGGAGAGUCAACUCCGAACAAAAUGUUUGAUCGGCAUUCAUCGUUAAACGGGUGUCAAAUAAUAAACUAUAGAACCGAUCCAAAGCAAACAUGGCUUUUGUUAAUUGGUAUUUCUGCUCAACACAACAGAGUAGUUGGUGCGAUGCAACUUUAUUCUGUUGAAAGAAAAUGUUCUCAGCCAAUCGAAGGGCACGCUGCUUCUUUCGCACAAUUCAAAAUGGAAGGAAACGCGGAACCAAGUAACUUAUUCUGUUUCGCUGUGAGAACGGUGCAAGGCGCAAAGCUCCAUAUUAUUGAAGUAGGUCAGCCUCCUGCUGGUAACCAUCCUUUUCCAAAAAAGGCUGUAGACGUCUUUUUUCCGCCAGAGGCAGGAAGUGAUUUUCCUGUGGCAAUGCAAGUCAGUUCAAAAUACGAUGUUAUAUAUUUAAUAACAAAAUACGGUUAUAUACAUAUGUACGAUAUUGAAUCUGCUACAUGUAUAUUUAUGAAUCGCAUAUCUGGAGAGACUAUUUUUGUUACUGCUCCACACGAAGCGUCUGGUGGUAUAGUAGGAGUGAAUCGAAAAGGUCAAGUAUUAUCUGUAUCGGUUGACGAAGAAAAUAUAAUUCCGUACAUAAACGGAGUACUACAAAAUCCAGAACUUGCAUUGCGAAUGGCCGUAAGGAAUAAUUUGUCAGGAGCUGAAGAUUUGUUCGUAAGGAAAUUCAAUAUGCUUUUCCAAAAUGGCCAAUACGCGGAAGCAGCUAAAGUUGCAGCGAAUGCCCCGAAAGGAAUACUAAGAACACCGGCAACGAUUCAACGAUUUCAACAAGUACCAACUACACAAGGACAAACAUCACCUCUGUUACAAUAUUUUGGAAUACUUUUAGACCAAGGACAAUUAAACAAAUACGAGUCUUUGGAGUUAUGUCGUCCGGUGCUCGUACAAGGUCGCAAACAGCUUCUUGAAAAGUGGUUGAAGGAAGAUAAACUAGAAUGCAGCGAAGAAUUGGGUGACUUGGUGAAACAAGCCGAUCCGACUUUAGCUCUUAGCGUUUAUUUAAGAGCUAACGUUCCCAACAAAGUUAUACAAUGUUUUGCAGAAACUGGCCAAUUCCAGAAGAUUGUGCUAUACGCCAAGAAAGUUUCUUACACUCCUGAUUACAUAUUUUUGUUGAGAAAUGUAAUGAGAAUCAAUCCGGAUCAGGGUGUAGCAUUCGCCCAAAUGUUAGUUCAAGACGAUGAACCUUUAGCCGACAUUAAUCAAAUUGUGGAUAUAUUUAUGGAACAAAACAUGGUUCAGCAAUGUACAGCAUUUUUGUUGGAUGCUUUGAAGAAUAAUCGUCCAAGUGAGGGAGCAUUGCAAACGCGACUUUUAGAAAUGAAUUUGAUGUCUGCUCCACAAGUUGCUGAUGCGAUCUUAGGAAAUCAGAUGUUCACUCAUUAUGAUAGAGCUCACAUCGCGCAGUUAUGUGAAAAAGCUGGAUUAUUACAGCGUGCUUUAGAACAUUACACUGACUUAUAUGAUAUCAAGAGAGCUGUUGUUCAUACACAUUUACUAUCUCCGGAUUGGCUCGUUGGAUUCUUCGGGACGUUAUCGGUCGAAGAUUCUUUGGAAUGUUUAAAAGCUAUGUUAACUGCUAAUAUCAGACAAAAUUUACAGAUUUGUAUUCAAAUCGCCACAAAGUAUCACGAACAGUUAACUACUAAAGCAUUAAUAGAUUUAUUCGAAAGUUUCAAAUCAUACGAAGGAUUAUUUUAUUUCUUGGGAUCUAUCGUUAACUUUAGCCAAGAUCAAGAAGUACAUUUUAAAUAUAUUCAAGCAGCUUGUAAAACCGGACAAAUUAAAGAAGUUGAACGAAUUUGUAGAGAGAGUAAUUGCUAUAAUCCAGAACGUGUGAAAAACUUCUUGAAAGAAGCCAAGUUACCUGAUCAGUUACCUUUGAUCAUUGUUUGCGAUAGAUUUGAUUUCGUACAUGAUCUUGUACUGUAUCUUUACCGAAAUAAUUUACAAAAAUACAUCGAAAUUUAUGUUCAAAAAGUAAAUCCAUCGCGUCUACCAGUAGUAGUGGGUGGUUUAUUAGAUGUAGAUUGUUCAGAGGAUAUAAUAAAGAAUUUAAUUCUGGUGGUACGCGGUCAGUUUUCAACCGAUGAACUUGUUGAGGAAGUUGAAAAGAGGAAUCGCUUGAAACUUUUACUUCCAUGGCUGGAGUCUCGUGUUCAUGAAGGAUGUAUCGAACCUGCAACACAUAAUGCAUUAGCAAAAAUAUAUAUUGACAGCAACAAUAACCCUGAAAGAUUUUUGAAAGAGAAUCAGUUUUACGACAGUAGAGUAGUAGGAAAAUAUUGCGAGAAACGUGAUCCACAUUUAGCGUGCAUUGCAUACGAGCGCGGUCAAUGUGAUCGUGAGUUAAUAAGUGUAUGCAAUGAAAACAGCCUUUUCAAAAGUGAAGCUAGAUAUUUGGUCAGACGUAGAGAUCCUGAUUUGUGGGCUGAGGUUCUUCUUGAAAGCAACCCAUAUAAAAGGCCGUUAAUUGAUCAGGUCGUACAAACAGCUUUAUCAGAAACUCAAGAUCCUGAGGAUAUAUCAGUUACUGUAAAAGCGUUUAUGACUGCUGAUUUACCGAAUGAAUUAAUUGAACUUCUUGAAAAAAUCGUACUCGAUAGUAGUGUGUUCAGUGAUCAUCGUAAUUUACAAAACCUUCUAAUUCUAACGGCAAUAAAAGCUGAUCGUACACGGGUUAUGGAAUAUAUCAAUCGGUUGGAUAAUUACGAUGCUCCUGAUAUUGCUAACAUAGCUAUUAACAAUGAAUUGUAUGAAGAAGCUUUCGCCAUUUUUAAGAAAUUCGAUGUUAAUACGUCGGCUAUUCAAGUUUUGAUUGAGCAAGUUAACAACUUAGACAGAGCUUAUGAAUUUGCUGAAAGAUGUAAUGAACCACCGGUAUGGUCGCAAUUAGCCAGAGCACAGUUACAACAAGGCUUAGUUAAAGAAGCUAUUGACAGUUUUAUCAAAGCAGAUGAUCCAUCGGCGUAUGUUGACGUAGUGGAAACUGCUCAUCGAACUUCACAUUGGGAGGAUUUAGUUCGUUAUUUACAAAUGGCUCGCAAGAAAGCACGCGAAUCUUUCAUUGAAAGCGAAUUAAUAUACGCGUAUGCAAGAACCAACAGGCUUGCAGAUCUCGAAGAAUUUAUAUCUGGUCCUAAUCAUGCCGAUAUACAGAAGAUCGGCGAUAGAUGUUUCGAUGAUAAAAUGUAUGAUGCUGCUAAACUUUUGUACAACAAUGUAUCGAAUUUUGCACGAUUAGCUAUUACGCUUGUUCAUUUGAAAGAAUUUCAAGGUGCUGUUGACAGUGCUCGUAAAGCUAAUUCGACGCGUACUUGGAAGGAAGUGUGUUUCGCUUGUGUAGAUAGCGGAGAGUUUAGAUUAGCACAGAUGUGUGGGCUACAUAUAGUUGUACAUGCUGAUGAAUUGGAAGAUUUAAUUAAUUAUUAUCAAGAUCGAGGACACUUCGAGGAACUUAUUAAUCUUUUGGAAGCUGCAUUAGGACUUGAGAGAGCACACAUGGGAAUGUUUACUGAAUUAGCUAUACUUUAUAGCAAAUAUAAGCCCCAACGAAUGAGAGAACAUCUCGAACUUUUCUGGUCUCGGGUUAAUAUACCAAAGGUACUUCGAGCAGCUGAACAAGCACAUUUAUGGGCAGAGCUUGUAUUUUUGUAUGACAAAUACGAAGAAUACGACAACGCAGUACUUGCAAUGAUGCAACAUCCUACAGAAGCAUGGCGAGAAGGUCACUUCAAAGAUGUGAUCACUAAAGUUGCGAAUGUUGAACUUUAUUACAAAGCUAUACAAUUUUACGUCGAAUAUAAACCCCUACUGCUGAACGAUAUACUGCUAGUUCUCGCUCCGCGUAUGGAUCAUACAAGAGCAGUCGCAUAUUUCAAAAGGACGGGUCAUUUACAACUUGUCAAACCGUAUCUAAGGUCAGUUCAAGCGUUGAACAAUAAAGCGAUAAACGAGGCAUUGAAUGGCCUACUUAUCGACGAGGAGGAUUAUCAAGGACUCAGAACGUCAAUCGACGCGUUCGACAAUUUUGAUAACAUCGCGUUAGCACAACAAUUAGAAAAACAUGAAUUAAUUGAAUUUAGAAGAAUCGCUGCGUAUUUGUAUAAAGGAAAUAACAGGUGGAAACAAUCAGUGGAACUUUGUAAAAAGGAUCGAUUGUUUAGAGAUGCUAUGGAAUACGCAGCAGAAUCUCGAAAUCCUGAAGUUGCCCAAGAAUUAUUAGAAUGGUUCUUAGAGAGAGGGUCGAAAGAUUGUUUUGCCGCAUGUCUGUUCCAUUGUUAUGAUUUGCUUCACCCGGAUGUAAUUUUAGAACUUGCGUGGAGACAUCGUAUUUUACAUUUUGCCAUGCCAUACCUUAUACAAGUUGCACGUGAAUAUAUUACCAAGGUCGAUAAACUGGAAGAAGCCGAAAGCAGACGCUUGGAAGAAACUGAUCAUCAAGAACAUAAGCCUAUGAUUAUGCCGGAGCCUCAGCUGAUGUUAACAGCAGGACCAGGUAUGAUGGCACCUGGUUACGCACCCCAAGGUGUUUACGGUGCACCUCCACAAAGUGUAUAUGCACCGACUGCUGCAGCGUACCAGGGUUAUGGUAUGUGAAACACAAUGAGCAGCACAUUCAAUGACAGAGAUCAGCAAAAUCUACUUUUCUAUAAUAUCUAGGUAGAACAAAUUAUUUCAAUAGUUCACAAUUAUUAUCAAACGCUGAAAAACAAUAUCAUUAAAAAAAAAGAAAAGUAUUGCCGCAAAAUAACUGUAACAUAUUAAAUAUAAUGAAUUCAAGGUAAACAACAAAGAGUUUACGCGCGAGAUUCUAGAUUAUGGGUAACGUUUAUAAAAUAAUUAAUUUACUGUUAAAGUAAUACAUAUUGAUCAUUGUUUAUUUAAAGAAAAAAAAGAUUAUUUACAUAUUUUAGAAAUAUAUAUUUCAAAUGCGGUCUCUGAGAGCAAAAUACGCAGUAGUUAAUUUUAUGUUGAAGUCUUUUUUAAAUUGAAUUUUCUUAUUUUAGAUUUAUUUUAUGAAGUACCUAUGGUAUAGUUUCAUUGAUAUAUUAAUGUAUUGUGUACGUACGUGCCUUUGUUUAAGUAUUGAAAAAAGUUUUAGUUGUAAGAUGACAUAAAAUGAAUGAUCUUUAAAAUAAAAAAUACUUGUUGUAAGUUUCACAUUAAUAAAUAUGUCACGAAAUUA